CUAGGAUGGAAAGAAGCCCUUCUGGCAGGUCACCUCAUACUCGGCACCAAACGACCGAUCGCGGAAGGCCUGGCCGCCGGUGCCUCCCUUGACCAUCUCCGCUUUGUACCUCUCAAUGGACAGCAUGGGGAAGGGAUCGCAGUGCUCUACACACCAGAUAGCAAAGAUGUAGAUGGAGACACGAAGGCAGUGUUCUUCCAUGCCUGUCUGUUGCUUGUCUCACUUGAGAACUCGAGCGUCCUCCCUCCCCACAAGCCAUCCAGGCAGACAAUCUCCUCGUGGUUCUCCUCGCCUUUGGGUGACGACACCAGGGGGUCACAUGAUAUCUCUCUUGACGACCCGUGCUCUCGGCUGCCCUCGGUGGGAUACGAGCGCACUAUGUACAAAGAGGAGAGGGAAGGGAAUGGCGGACAGCUGGCCGCACAGUCCAAGGUGCGGUGUGCAAAACCCAAACUGGCACUUGAGGAUCUCCUCCGAUGCGAGCGGUCCGAUGCUGCUCGCAUUGAUGGCUCGAGGGGUGCUGCCCUCAGCACACUGGAUCCUCACCUGUGAGUUGUGGUAGACAAAGUCAGGCACACCUCGCCAUUUGGCUGCAGGAUUCGGCCCCUUGGCGUCGGGCAAAGGUGGCGGAUUGCGGAGCUCCUGCGGCGUGGGCGUGAUGCUUGUGUGCCCGAUGUUUGAGGCGUAUGUCCACUCUUCGCUGUAGCGGGGAUCGCGGCCGACCUUUUGAAGGGCAUCAGUCGGGCAGGAUGCCGCACACUCCAGUGUGACCAUAUCCCACUGUAUAUUGGGGUCGAAGGAGCUCUCGCCCAGGCAGGUGAUGUUGAUCCUCUCUUGUUCGACUGCCAGGGGGUUGAUUACGUCAAGACGUGAGCUGCGGUAGCCACGACCGGUGUCACAGCUGAAAGGACAAAAGCAUACCACGCAAAGUGCAGAUGUGGUGGCCAGCUUCUCUGCUAUCGUACCCGACGGACACGACGGUCAUGGGUUUGAAGCUCAUAGGGUAGGUGCCGGGCUGAUCGGGCUUUAGCAGAGUUGGCGACCGAAGGGUGUAGUUGGCCUUCCGGAGAGACACCAGAUAGUCACGGCCACACCCGCCUGCAAAUCCACCCACCAGCCACACAGCAUCCAAUGCCGCUUGGUUCCCACAUGUAUGUCUCUGCAUUCUGUGUGCUGUCUGUGUACGUUUGCAUUCGAGUGUGCGUGGGCUCCAGUGUCCGUCGAGGCAGACGAGGUCCUCUGUGGCCUGGCCGGUCAUCGGCUGGAAGCCGUUGUCGGUGUCGCAUGCAAUGCUCCUGAUGGCGCCAUGGUUGUUGUUCUCCGUGUCACCCACGAAAUGCAUGCCCUCGCGGGGCAGCGCGGGGCUCUCCAAACACUUGGCUGAAUGGACACAUCGAAAGACAAAGGAGGCAGCUUUGCACAAAUGACAAGGUGCGGCGAUGUGUUUGCUUACAUCUGCACGUGAGACGGGGCGUCUGGUACUGGCCAUAUUCGCAUCUCACUGUCUCACGUGUCACAUUAGGCGUCACUGAGUUGUGCGUCUCGUCGCACUCGACUGUCGAGCUGUCCCCGUGUUUGUUGCCUGUAUACGUCACCUUAUAUCCGAGGGUCUUGGCCAAGGGGAACUCAUCGAAACCAGGACAGUGAUCUAUAGUACACAGAACCAUCCAUAAAGCUAGCUAAUGUCAUAUGACGGCCAUUCUUCUCUCUUCUUUCCUCACAAAUGCACUUGAGGUGGAGCUCUGGCGUCCAGUGUCCAGCGAGGCACCAUAUGAGCUGUGUCGAUGCGAGGCAGUCCACGCCCUCCUUGCGACACGCCGGCACGGCCUCCUUAGGGUUGCAUCCCACUUCCAGCCAGUCUCUCUGGCUGACGAGGUCGGCCAGCCGGCCGCUGCCAUGAGGGUUGCGGGACGUCCGCAGAAUCAGGUAGGGGGGAGGGGGAGCGUCGUAUUGGCUGCACGGAGCUGCAGCGCAGCCAUCUAAGAAGAGACACAUUUCUCGUACGUCCCUUGCCUUGCCUUCAUGCGCCUCGUUAUCACUCACAUUCGCAGACGAUCGUCCGUGGCGUCCACUGGCCGUGCAGACAGUACACGACGGAGUAGGACGCGCCUCCAGCCGGUGCAUGUGGCUCCACACAUGUGAUGUUGCGGUAGGUCAUGUGCUGGAGGGACUCGGGCGAGUUGGGGUACACGCCGGGCGGCAGCUUGACCAUAUACAUCAUCUGACCCAGGUCGGGAUACUCCUGGCAGUACGCUGACACACGAGAAGAGACCAAGGCAAAUCUUUGUGUAUGGUCGUGUGUGUGUCUGUAGCAAGCUACUGCACCUUCGCAGUGGAACCCCGGGAUUGUGUAUUGGCCAUCGAUGCACUUGACAGUCCUUUCCACCCGCGGGAUGCUGAUUGUGACCUCAGCCCCGCCCUUGCAGUGGACCUUGACGAUCGUGCCGUGGGUCUUCUCAUUCACCUCUGGACCGCCGACCCAGUAGGACAGAUUCUGACGAAUCACCUCCUCUCGAUAAGGGCGAGCACAGUCCUCUGAAGAGAGAGGAAGGAGUCACAGCCAACUCUUUAUGCUCUAUCCAUUCGUCCGUUGGUGAUUUUCCCCGUCUCACUUUUGCAGACGGUCUCUGGUGGCGUCCACUGCCCGUCGGGCUCGCAGUAGACAAUCUCCUUCUUGCGGUAACGUCGCGUCGAUGAGUAGCCCGGCAUGCACAUCAACACGCGGUAGUCGCCCGCCGUUCGCCCCUCUGUGCCUGCCGCGUAGUCAGCAGUGACAUGCUUGUCGUGGAACUGAUACUUCUCCAUGUACUCUCCCCACGGCGGACACAACUCUGGACAGCGCAUAGAGGAAAAAAGUGAGAAGGGGCAGAGAAGAGGAGCAGGAAUAUCAUGUCUCACUUCUGCAGUUGCAUGCGCAGUUGGUCUCGGCUUCGGUCUUGUCGACCCCAUCGCACUCCUCGCCCGGCUCGACUAUCCCGUUGCCGCAGAUGGCGGUGCGGCCUGUGUGGUUGGGGGAAUAAAGACAUGAAGGGCAGUCCAAUGUAACAUCAACAGCUAUUCUAUGCCCACCCAGGAUGUAGUUGAGAUCGUUGACUGCCAACGGCACUUCCGUCUUUGGAUCAAACGAUCGAAAGCGGAUAGUCACAAGCCGCACGUCGCCUGCACACACAAUGCAAUACACCUUUGAAAGCGUGCCUCUGUGCGUGUUGCUCACUGACCAUGCAAACAGUUGAAGUCGUCUGCGUCGCAUCCAAUUGUGAAUUUCUCCGUCUGAUUGAGACUCGCAGUCGUGUCUUUGAGCACCAACAGACGGCCUCCUUGCGGUGUCAACUCCUGAAGCUCGCGGAAUAUGUGGACCUGAGAGACAUGUAUCGAACCAAGAUCAUCAUCGCAUUCGCUUCCCCAGCGUGUAUAGAUCUCCUCACAUUGUAGUUGCCUUCCGGUGUUGGAAUGAUUUGAAAGGUAUAGAGCUGCGGGCGGCCCCAGCAUGCACUCACCAUGACUUCCUGCCGCUCUAUCUUGACUGUCGCCCCUCCGCUGCCCCGCCUCAUCCACCGCCGCUCCCUGUUCUCGCCCUCCUGCACCAGCACCACUCGACCAGUGUCGCGUGAAGGGCCGUCGCUGACACCACUGGCUGCCUUGCGCCUUCUUAGUGUGGAAUUCGUUAACUUCCAAAAGAGCGCUUCGAGCCUGAGUCUCAGGGGCCUCUGGCUCACUGGGUGGCAAUGGAUUGGCCUCCACCUGCACGCCAAUCUUCAUUUUGCCGAUGGCCCUGAGCGGCCAGGGCUCGAUCACUAUCUGGAACCGGCUGUCUGUCCCGCUGUCGAAGAGCACUGUGCGACGUGUGGUUGUCUCGCCAUCCACGUCGACAUAGAUGAAGAAGCUCCAGCCGGGCGCUAAGGCAGCCAUAGGGUUCAUGGCCGGGGGCGGCAUUAUGGACAGACACGACACAUUGGACCGCAGCAGCGGUCCCUCGACGCCACGAUCACCACCAGACAAUCGAACACCGAAG